UAAAAAAAUAAUUGUUCUCGCUAUAUAUAAUCUGGAUUCCGGUACCGUUUCAAAGAAGAAACAAUUUCAAUUGUUCUGUUACGCUUUCGACCUAUUUUGUGGCCAUCAUCGGGGCAAACCAAUGUCCUUAAUUUAUAUUGCCACAAUUAAGGUUUGAAUGAGAGAUUUCAAAUUUCUUUAAAUAUGUUCUCAGCCCCACAUUGCCAAGGACUGAAACCCUGAAACCGAAAGUAGGCAAAUAAAAAUUCAAUUUUUUUUCAUUCAGGCCGAUAUCUUAUUAUUCGUAGUCAUCCUAAUCUCUUAAUGCCUACAGGGAGUUCUGAGUUCUAAGUAUUAUUUGGUUUUGAGAGGGAGAAGAGAAAAAAAAUAGAGGUAUAAGUGACAAACAUAAUUACAGGAAGAAAGAUAGAUACUUACAUAGAUAAAUAAUAGAUUGAUAGAUAGCAAGAUAGAUGGAUAUAUGUAUAUAUAUGUGUGGAAAGAUGCAUGUACAGCAAUGACGUCGACCCCCGGACUGAAGUGACGUAUGGAGGAGGGGGAUGGCGUUUUGUGACAGAAAGAAGAGAAGGAAGAUAUUUCACUCCACGAUUGCCUUGUCAUUUCGAGCACCUAAUUCCACAAACUGGGGGGCCGCUCCAGCUCGAAACAGGCAAACGUUCGGAAGUGACUGUUUUUUUUCCGGUUGUGAUUUUUCCGUAUUGUGACUUUCACGAUUGUGACAAAAUGCCGAAGACUCAAAGACGGGCAAACCGCCGCUAUCAAGACGCCGACGAGGACGAGGAAAUACAGGAGAAGCUGAAUAAUAAGGUGACAGAACUGGAACAGCGGGAGCUCGAACUCCUCAGGAAGGAAAAUGCCGCGUUACGACGAUCGAACACAGGUACGAAUUUUUCUUUUAAAGACGUGCAAGACAGCCUGUAUUCUUUUUCCGGUGACGACCAGCUUUCGAUUGAUGUCGAAUGUGGGAAGAUGCAUGUACAGCAAUGACGUCACCCCUGGACUGAAGUGACGUAUGUUGGAGGGGAGAUGGCGGUCAGAAGGUUUUGGGACAGAAAGAAGAGAAGGAAGAAGGAUGUAGUUUGUAUUGUUUUUUGUAUUAAGACGUUUAAUUGUGAUCCUUAUCUUGUG